AUGGGUUCGGGGAGCCGCGCGGCGUCGUGCCUGUGCUGCCCGUUCAAGUGCCUGGCGUGCGGGCUCUUCAGCUGCCUCUGCAGCAUCCUCGUCUCCCUCCUCGUCACCGCGGGGGUCCUCGCCCUCAUCCUCUACUUCGUCUUCCGCCCGCAGAUGAUCGCCGCCACUGUCGACUCGGCCUCCCUCGCCCAGUUCGCGCUCGGCACCCCGGCCAGCCCCGCGCUGCUCCAGUACAACCUCACGCUCGCCAUGACGGUGCGCAACCCCAACAAGCGGGUGGGCCUCUACUACGACAACGUCGAGGCCCUCGCGCUCUACGACGGCCAGCGCUUCGGGUUCGCGCCGCUCGACCCCUUCUUCCAGGGCCACCAGGCAUCCACGGAGGUGAAGCCGGCGUUCGGCGGCCAGCAGGUGCUGGAGGGGGACGUGACCCAGUCCAACCUCAGGACGCAGCUGGCGGGAGGCGCGGUGGAGGUGGAGGUGAAGCUCAACGCCAAGCUCCGCGUCAAGGUGUGGGCGUUCAAGGUGCCCGGGCCCCGCGCCAGGAUCAGCUGCCCGCUCUCCCUCCCCGCCCCAGGCGCCGCCGCCGGCGCCCCCGCAUUCAAGCCCACCGACUGCAAAGUCUGGUUCUGA